UCCAACUGCUUUAAAUUCGAUUAUGUUUUCGGAACAUAAGCUGUCAGUAAUCGAGUUUAUCUAUUCUAAAGGGCAAUUAAUAAACUCGCGAUUAUAAACAUGUAUCGAACGUCGAAUAUGUAACGUUUUGGCAGAAUAUUUCUUCGAUAGUGUAGCAGUUUUUUGUCUUCAUUUUACUCUGUAGCUUGAAUAAUAUGUUGUGCUCUAGUUGUAUUUUUCGCUUAGUUUUUAUUAUUCGAUAGUGGAAAGAUAUCGUUCAUCAAAGAAGAAAACAGAAACUAUAGGCUAAUACUUAUAGAUGCGUCGGAGUUGAAAAGACAAUUUCAUCCUGGAGCGAAUACUCUAAACAGAUACCCCUACUUUGGUCUCCACUCCAGUCCAAGCAAUAUGGAAAUGAAAAGAUUCAAUAACAACUCCCACCAAUCCUCACUUUCCGAUCAAACUCCAUGGAAAUCGAAACUGAGAGCCUUAAUCCAGCCAGAAAUACACUUCAGAGUCACACCUGAUGGCAAACACCAUUCUAGCUGGGACAUCGAAACCUUGGACAUGAUCAGAAAAAGAAUCAGCCAGGACAUGGCAGAAGGACUGCAAAAAGAAUCAAAUAAGCUUACAACUCCCAUAAUGAAAGCAGCCAGAUAUGGUAAUUACUCCACCAUUGAGCAACUAUUAACAGUUCAAUUUACUCCAAUCAAUCCAGUGGGUGGUAAAAGCAUAUUACACUUGGUACUCGAGGGUAUAAUUUCCUUGAAAUAUGAGGAUGAUCCAGUUAAAAUCUGCAUGGAGAAUAUAAUCGCUGGAAAAGACAUAUGUGAUUCGAUAAUAGACACUUAUUUUCCACCAGAUGACUUCACCAUGUUCCCUGAAGAGACCCCAGAUCAUUACAAAUGCUUAGACCUCAUUUUGCAAAAUAUUUCACCCGAAAAACUGGAUAUAAAUUUUUGUGACAGUGCUGGAAAUUCAGCUUUGCAUUAUGCAGCAGCUUGGUCAGAAACAGCAGCCAUAAAAGCUCUCUUGCAAGCUGGUGCUUACUCCUGUACACCGAAUAAGAAUGGUAUGAUACCAUUAAAAAUCAUCAGCCCACAGGUACUGGAAGAAUAUCUGGAUAGCUGCGUCCUGACCAAUGAUUAUCCACUGGGGCAUGAUGAUUUUCAAAUUUAUUUCAAUUAUCAACUCUUCUUACCACCAGAAAAACAAACACGUGGUGGAAAAGAUGUAAUUGAAGAUGGUUGCAAAGAAAUGAAAUGCGAAAAUGGUCGUGAAUCUGAACCACUUUUUGUGCUAAAUGAAAGACCAGAUUUGAGGAAAUUUCUGACUCAUCCGGUAAUCAGAAAUUACUUUUGCUUGAAAUGGCUCGUUGUAAAAAAAUACUCGUAUUUCGAGAACAUUCUCUUUAUAUGGUUUUUCUUAUUAUUUGCUCUUUUUUUAUUCAUAAAUUCUAUUCAUAUUUACACUCCUUCAUUGAAGUGUCCUUUGAACGAUGAUGAUGCAUUAGACAUCAGCCACAAAUAUUACAAUUGCUGUGAUGCUUUCAUCAGUAACAUAGAUGUUGAAAGGAAAUUUAACAUCAAUAUUUUUCCCAUGAACUUAACUUUUGCAAAAGCAUUGAUUAUUUUACGUGGUUUACUGCUUGUUUUCAUAGUCCAUCGACACUAUUUUUCACCGAAAUCUUUUAUGUUGAAAUCUAUAAGAAUGUGGUUACAAAUGAUUUGGGUCAUAAUCAUACUUUUAUUUGUAUCUCUACACGGUAGUAAAUACUAUUAUCCAUAUUUAGCCAUAAUGAUCAUAGCAUUAUCAAUUGAGUUUGUAUUUGUACUGGGUCGAUCUCCAGAAUAUUCCAUGGGUAUCCAGAUGGUUAAAGUAUUUGUGAUAAAUGUCUGUAAAUAUCUAUCAGAAUUUUUCGUUGUAAUCCUGUUCUUGGCGAUUAGCUUUGUAGUUUUCUUCAAUACAGGUUUUAGUUCCAUCAUCAAAACUAAAAACACCACAUUCGUCAAUGAAACAUGUCCUAAUGCAUAUCAUACUUGGAUGACUCCAGAUUCAUAUAACAAUGAUACUCCCAAAUUCUUGAAAUCUGAUCGCUCCUUUGCUUUAUACAUCCUCGAAACCUUCAUCACCAUGUUGAGAGGUGACCCCCAAGUGAAAACUUUUAUGCCAUUUGAUAACAUACCUUUCAGUCAUGCUCUCUUCUUGGCCUACUGUUUCCUCGCAGUAUACACAAUUAAUAACUUGAUGAUUGUAGUGCCCAUGACGUAUGCUAAUCAAGUUGUCAACGAAGCCAAAAGCGUUGUUAUGGUUUCCUUCUUGAAAUUUGUGUGGUAUGUUGAAACUGCGGCUGCUCAAGAUCCUACACAACUAUUGGAUUUGUUGAAUAAGUUAUCGCUUUGGUCUUCUUUCUGCUUUCAUUGGUGUCUGCGCAGGAAUCCAAUACCUCCAGAAUCUUUUCGUGAUAGGAUUAAUGUGACGCAUGCUAUGACUAACUCUAGAAAGGAGCCAUUCUAUAUUCAUAAUGAAAAAACACUCAAUUAUUUGAGUUAUGGUUCGGAGAUUUUCGAUAACGCGGUGAAUAUAUUGAAGAGAACCAAACAGCAUGAUGAGAUGGAGAAGAAACUAAGCGAAUCAGAAUCGAGGCUGGAAAACAUGGAGAAUGUAUUGCAGGAUACUCAACUUAGUGUGCUGGAAAAUCAACGUGCUGUGCAAGAAAAUCAACGUAUCGUGCAGGAAAAUCAACGUACAAUGCAGGAAAAUGAGGAGAAACUGCGAAGAGAUUUAUUAAAUAGUUACAAUGAAGUGAUUGCGAGGUUGGAAUCGCUACAAACGUCUAUGGGUAUAGAUUAUAGCAGCAGUGCAAAAAAACUUCACAGAAGAGAUACACAGUGAUUACAAACCUUUUGCUCGGCAGUUUUUUCUAUCAAGAAGUCACCUUCACCAACCUGAAUAAUGUCCAAAACUGCGUUCGUCUUAGAACAACAAGAAAAACAGGAAAUCCAAGUUUUUAGUUUUUAUGAAGACCUUAAAUCAAAUGGAAGUAAAGAAAUUGUAUUUUUUUAAGAGAUUAAGUAAUACUAAGAUUACGAGUCGAUUUUCAUCAGUCAUUUUUAAGCAGAAAUAAAACAUCUUCACUAAAGAA